AUGGCGGGGGCUUCUGUGAAGGUGGCUGUGAGGGUUCGUCCCUUCAACUCCCGAGAAAUCGGAAAAGAGAGCAAGUGCAUCAUUCAGAUGUCAGGAAACACCACCACAAUCAUAAACCCCAAGCAGCCAAAAGAUAACAAGAGCUUCAAUUUUGACUACUCCUACUGGUCGCACACGUCGCCGGAGGAUGUAAAUUAUGCAUGUCAGAAGCAAGUGUACAAAGACAUUGGCGAGGAGAUGCUCCUUCAUGCAUUUGAAGGAUACAACGUCUGUAUCUUUGCCUACGGUCAGACUGGGGCUGGAAAGUCUUACACAAUGAUGGGCAAGCAGGAAAAAGACCAGCAGGGCAUAAUCCCACUGCUUUGCGAAGACCUCUUUACCAAGAUAAACGACAGCAAUAAUGAUAACAGCAUGUCAUAUUCAGUGGAGGUAAGCUACAUGGAGAUCUACUGUGAGCGUGUACGUGAUCUACUGAACCCCAAAAACAAAGGCAACCUUCGCGUGCGAGAGCAUCCCCUAAUGGGACCAUAUGUGGAGGACCUGUCCAAACUAGCCGUCACCUCCUACAAUGACAUUCAGGAUCUGAUGGAUUCUGGCAACAAAGCCAGGACUGUGGCUGCCACCAACAUGAACGAGACUAGUAGCCGCUCCCACGCAGUCUUCAACAUUAUCUUCACACAGAAACAUCAUGAUAGUGAAACAGAGAACACAUCUGAAAAGGUCAGCAAAAUCAGUCUGGUAGACUUGGCAGGAAGUGAGAGAGCUGAUUCCACUGGAGCUAAAGGCACCAGGCUGAAGGAAGGAGCAAAUAUAAAUAAAUCUUUGACCACACUGGGCAAAGUCAUCUCCGCUUUGGCUGAGAUGGACUCUGCGCCAAACAAGAACAAAAAGAAGAAGAAAGCAGAGAGCUUUAUUCCUUACAGAGACUCUGUUCUGACUUGGCUACUUAGAGAGAACCUUGGAGGGAACUCACGCACUGCCAUGGUGGCAGCCCUCAGUCCUGCUGAUAUAAACUACGAUGAGACUCUGAGCACUCUUAGAUAUGCUGAUCGCGCCAAACAGAUCCGCUGCAAUGCCGUCAUCAAUGAGGACCCCAACAACCGGUUGGUGAGGGAGCUCAAGGAGGAGGUGGCUCGACUGAAAGACCUGCUCUAUGCACAAGGUCUUGGAGACAUUAUCGAGAACUUAUCCAAUUACAAGAGUAAUGUGAAUAAUCUCCAGGCUGUCAAUCAAAGGGGUCAUUUCUCCACAGUGACCAAUGCCAUGACAGGGAUGAGUCCUUCGCCCUCCCUCUCUGCCCUCUCCAGUCGGGCUGGCUCCAUUAGCAGUCUGCAUGAUCGUAUCAUGUUCAGUCCUGGCAGUGAGGAGGCUAUUGAGAGACUUAAGGAAACUGAGAAAAUCAUUGCUGAGCUCAAUGAGACCUGGGAAGAGAAGCUUCGACGCACAGAAGCUAUUAGGAUGGAAAGGGAGGCAUUGUUGGCUGAGAUGGGUGUAGCCAUGAGGGAAGAUGGAGGCACAGUUGGAGUCUUUUCACCAAAGAAAACCCCUCACCUUGUUAACCUCAAUGAGGAUCCUCUUAUGUCUGAGUGCCUGCUAUACUACAUCAAAGACGGAAUUACAAAGGUUGGCCGUGAAGAUGCCAGCAGUCGGCAAGACAUUGUUCUCAGUGGUCACUUCAUCAAGGACGAACACUGUAUAUUCAGCAGUAGCAGUAACGCCUCAGGAGAGGGAGUGGUGGUACUGGAGCCUUGUGAGGGAGCUGAGACUUACGUCAAUGGCAAGAGAGUGACAGAACCUAUUGUUCUGAGAUCAGGGAACCGGAUCAUCAUGGGGAAGAGCCAUGUGUUCCGAUUUAAUGACCCAGAGCAGGCCCGUCAGGAACGUGAGCGAACCCCAUGUGCUGAGACACCUAUGGAGCCUGUUGACUGGGCCUUUGCCCAGAGAGAACUGUUGGAGAAACAAGGCAUUGAUAUGAAACAGGAAAUGGAGCAGAGGUUGCAGGAGCUUGAGGACCAAUACCGUAAAGAGAGAGAGGAGGCCAGUAACCUCCUGGAACAACAGAGAUUGGAUUAUGAGAGCAGGUUGGAGGCCCUUCAAAAGCAAGUCGACUCACGCUAUUAUCCAGAGACCACAGAGGAAGAGGAGGAACCAGAGGAGGAAGUGCCAUGGACCAAAAGAGAGACUGAGCUGGCACUGUGGGCUUUCCGCAAAUGGCGCUUCUACCAGUUUACGUCCCUGAGAGACUUACUCUGGGGCAAUGCCAUCUUCCUUAAGGAGGCCAAUGCUAUCAGUGUGGAGCUGAAGAAGAAGGUCCAGUUCCAGUUUGUGCUUCUGACAGACACACUCUAUUCUCCACUGCCCCCUGAUCUCCUGCCCCCCAGUGUGGCUAAAGACCGUGACAAGAGGCCUUUCCCUCGCACGAUUGUUGCUGUAGAAGUUCAGGACCAGAAGAAUGGAGCCACGCAUUACUGGACUCUGGAGAAACUGAGGCAGAGGCUGGAUUUAAUGAGAGAGAUGUACGACCGUGCAGCAGAGGUGCCCAGUAGCGCAGCUGAAGACUGUGACCACACAUUGACCGGUGGCGACCCCUUCUAUGACCGCUUCCCCUGGUUCCGUCUGGUGGGCAGCGCCCCCAUUCUCAACACAUGCAUGAGCGAGCGCAUGAGUGACCCCACCCCCUCCCCCACCCUCUCCGAUUCCGAGUCUGAGAUAACCGAGCUCGCAGAUGAGCGGCAUUAUGGGAAGGUGGAGGUGGAGGAGUUGGAGGAAUUGGAGGACCUGGACGAUGAGAUCUUUAUGGACGGCCUGGGCUCAGAGAUUGGGAGAGAGGAGGAGGAGGAUGGUGUGAGGGAGCACUGCCCAGGCACCAACGAAGGCCAGGACCCCUUUUACGACCGCUGGCCUCUGUUCAGUUUAGUGGGAAGGGCUUUUGUGUAUCUCAGUAACCUCCUCUACCCCGUGCCACUUGUGCACCGUGUAGCCAUUGUGAGUGAGAAGGGGGAGGUGAAAGGCUUCCUAAGAGUGGCAGUGCAGGCCAUUUCAGCUGAUGAGGAGGCACCUGACUAUGGGUCUGGUGUGAGACAGUCGGGAACAGCCAAGAUUUCUUUUGAGGACCAGCAGUUUGAGAAGUUCCAAACAGAGUCAUGCUCCGGUGGAAUGUCACACUCAAACACAUCUCAAGAGGAGUUACGUAUCGUAGAGGGAGAGGGACAAAACUCAGAUAUGUCUCUUUCAGCAGACGAGGUCAACAACAACACCUCUACCCCUGAAGUUCCCAGCAGUCCUCUGAAGGGUAAUCUAGAGUGCCCUCUGGAGGUAGCUCAGGAGAAGGCCCUGCAGCAUCUGAGGAUCGGCAGCGUUUUCACUUUCCGGGUGACAGUGCUUCAAGCCUCCAGCAUCUCUGCUGAGUAUGCAGACAUCUUCUGCCAGUUCAACUUCAUUCACCGCCAUGAUGAGGCUUUCUCCACAGAACCCCUGAAGAACACAGGCAGAGGACCUCCUUUGGGCUUUUACCAUGUACAGAAUAUCACUGUGGAAGUCACCAAGUCUUUUGUGGAGUACAUCAAAAGCCAGCCCAUUGUUUUUGAGGUGUUCGGCCAUUACCAGAAGCAACCCUUCCCUCCUCUCUGUAAAGACCUAAUCAGUCCUUUACGCCCUACAAGAAGGCAAUUCCCCAGAGUUAUGCCGUUAUCAAAACCAGUGCCUGCCACAAAGCUAAGCACACUGACCCGCUCCACUGCUGGCCCCUGUCACUGCAAAUAUGACCUCAUGGCCUUCUUUGAGAUCUGUGAGCUUGAAGCUAAUGGAGAUUACAUCCCAGCUGUGGUUGAUCACCGAGGUGGAAUGCCAUGUCAGGGAACCUUCUUACUGCAUCAAGGCAUCCAAAGGAGAAUCACAGUGACAAUAGCUCAUGAGACUGGCAAUGAUAUUGAGUGGAAGGAGGUUAAGGAGCUUGUUAUUGGGCGUAUCCGUAACACACCCGAAGGAGACGAGACCAUCAUUGACCCCAACAUCCUGUCCCUCAACAUCCUGUCUGCGGGUUACAUCCGACCCUCUUAUGAUGACAGGACCUUUUACCGUUUUGAGGCAGCGUGGGAUAGCUCCAUGCACAACUCUCUCCUCCUCAACCGUGUCACUCCAUACGGAGAGAAAAUCUACAUCACCCUCUCUGCAUACCUGGAGAUGGAGAAUUGUAUCCAGCCAACGGUUAUCACCAAGGACUUCUGCAUGGUUUUCUACUCUCGUGAUGCUAAGCUGCCUGCGUCCCGCUCCAUUCGUAAUCUCUUCAGCACUGGAGCGCUCAGGCCGUCUGAGAGUAACCGUGUGACAGGAGUAUAUGAACUUUCCCUUUGCCAUUUGGCAGAUGUCGGAAGUCCAGGCAUGCAGAGAAGGCGCAGACGCGUGCUGGACACCUCUGUGGCGUAUGUUCGUGGAGAGGAGAAUCUGGCCGGAUGGAGGCCCCGCAGUGACAGCCUCAUACUGGACCACCAAUGGGAGCUGGAGAAACUAAGCCUUCUACAAGAGGUGGAGAAGACCAGACACUACCUGCUGCUGAGGGAGAAGCUGGAGGCGUCUUUGCUGCUAGGUCAGGACUCUUUUAUUGGCAAAGACCUGAUAGAGUCACCAAAGGCAUCCCACCACAGCCCCACAGCCAACCUCAGUCUGGCCAGCCCCAGCGAGAGGCAGAGGGAGCUGGCUGCCAAGUGCCUGCGACUGCUCAUGCACACCUUCAACAGGCAGUACAGCCAGGUGAGCAGCAGUGCCAGUGAGAGCAAGCUGUCAGAGAUGUCAGCAUCGCUGCUAAGAGACAGUUCGUCCUCUGCUCUGAGUUCUCUAACACCAUCCUCCACCUGUCCGUCGCUGGUGGAUGGUCACUAUGGCAACACGGAUCUCAGGGGCUCAGAGCCCAACUCUGGGGCCUCCAGUCCUGACUUGGACCCUUUUAGCCCAGAGGAAAGAAAAACCAGAGUCUGCACCUUUGUCCCAAAUAUUCAAGAGGUUCGGGUCAGUCCCAUUGUGUCAAAGAAAGGCUACCUGCACUUUCUGGAGCCCCACACCAGUGGCUGGGUGAAACGCUACGUGGUGGUCCGUCGGCCAUAUGUCUACCUGUACCGCAGUGAGAGGGACAGUGUGGAGAGAGCCGUCAUCAACCUGUCCUCUGCCCAGGUGGAGUACAAUGAGGACCAACAGACCUUGCUGAGGACUCCAAAUGCAUUUACGGUGUGCACUGAACAUCGUGGAAUUCUUCUCCAAGCCAGCAAUGACAAAGAGAUGCAUGACUGGCUGUAUGCUUUUAACCCACUGCUGGCUGGAACCAUCAGGUCAAAACUCUCUAGGAGAAAAUCGGGACAGAUGAGGAUGUGACAGGAACGUUGAUUCUUUCGCAUCACUGACAUCCUGAUGAAAAAAAAAAGAAAAAAACGACAAAAACAGGAACAGUUUG